AUGGAACGCUCCGACAACCAUGCUUUACCAUUCUCCGGCAAUGAUGUGAGAUUGAGAGGUGUGGGCGAGGCAGAUGAGGCAGACGAGGCAGAUAAGGCAUGCGGCACAUGCGCGAUGAGCCUCCAUAGCACAUCCCGGCGUCGGACAGAAGCCCGCGACAUGCAGCGCAGCUGUCGCUCUACAGGUCGGGGCGUAGCCGAAUUCGAGAACCCUGAGCAUACAUCACCAAGUUCAAGCCUAAGCACGGACAGCUCUGACUCCUUCCUGAACUCUUCUCGAAAGGCCUGCUGGCAGAAUGGCGACUAA